AAAAAAAAAAGAAAGAUGAGAGAAGAUACAACAUAGCGGAGUUAUUAUUUUAUAAGCGUGUGUGUGUGUGUGUGUGUGACUUGGCUCUUUUUUUUUUUAUCGCGCUUUCUUUCGUCUCCUCGCUUUCCUUCUUUCUCUCGCUGCGCGGGUUGUAUUUCAAACUUUUUCUUUUUCUAUACACUCGAUCUUCUUGUGUAGGAUUCCUUUUUUUCUUUUUCAUUCCUUUUUGUUCUUCUUUUUUGCUAGUUGUGUAUAUAUCGUGUGUUGAUUGUUUGGCAUGAUGACUGACGUUUUCAUUUUAUUAGCUUCAUUCUAUAUAUUUUUUUUUGUCUAAAAAAAAAAAGAACAUUGUAUAUAUAACAUGACGGAUAUUAUGGAUGACAGUUACCGAAUGGCAGAGAAUGAGUAUUUCCUUCCUGAUGGUGAAGAAAUCUAUGAAGACGAGCCUAUUACCCAAGAAGACUGUUGGACAGUCAUUUCUUCGUUUUUUGAAGAAAAAGGUCUUGUCAGACAACAAUUAGAUUCGUUUGAUGAAUUUGUACAGAAUACAAUGCAAGAAUUAGUGGAUGAAAAUUCAAACCUUGUACUUCAGCAUGUGGGUGGUGAUGGUGAUGUGACAAAACGAUAUAUUAUUGAUUUCGGUCAAAUCUAUCUGUCAAAGCCUACCAUGACAGAAGCAGAUGGUAGUACGCAACCCAUGUUUCCUCAAGAAGCUCGCAUUCGUAAUUUAACAUAUGCUUCUCCUCUCUAUGUGGAUAUGAGCAAAAGAACACAGAUUGCAGUCCCUUAUGAUCCCAACAACCCCAACAGAAACCCCAAUGACCUUUUCCAAGACGAAAAUGGGUCUGAACACGCACCUAUGACAAAAGUGUUUAUUGGCAAGGUGCCUAUUAUGCUUCGAUCCACGUAUUGUAUUCUUCAUGAUAUGCCUGAGAGUUCAAUGCAUGAAUUAAACGAAUGUUCUUUUGAUAUGGGUGGUUAUUUUGUCAUCAAUGGUUCUGAAAAGGUCUUGAUUGCUCAAGAACGUAUGGCUACCAAUACAGUCUAUGUGUUCUCCAAGGCACCACCUUCCAAUAUUCAAUACACGGCUGAAAUCAGAUCUCAACCUGAAAAGGGAUCCAAGAAUGCUUCUCCUUUAUUUAUCAAGAUGAUGCGACCUUCUGCUGAACGCGGUUCUUCUGGUCAAUGCAUUCGUGCUGCUUUACCUUAUAUUCGCUCUGAAGUCCCUAUUGUGAUUGUGUUUCGUGCAUUGGGUCAAGUUGCUGACAGAGAUGUAUUGGAGCAUAUCUGUUAUGACCGUAAUGAUUAUGAGAUGCUUGAACUACUUAAACCUUCUAUUGAAGAAGCCUUUGUGAUUCAAGACCAUGAUGUGGCCCUUGAUUUCAUUGGUAAGAGAGGGACAACAGUGGGUGCUACCCGAGAGAAGCGUAUCAAGUAUGCCUCUGAAAUCCUUCAAAAGGAACUUUUGCCUCAUGUGGGUACAGCUUACAAGACAGAGACACGUAAAUCUUAUUUCUUUGGUUACAUGAUUCAUCGUUUAUUGCUGGCUGCUCUUGAGCGUCGUGAACUCGAUGACCGUGAUCAUUACGGUAAGAAGCGUAUGGAUUUGGCUGGUCCCUUGAUGGCUGGUUUGUUCAGACUUUUGUUUAAGAAACUGACAAAAGAUGUGGCCAAGUACUUGCAGAAGUGUAUUGAGUCCAGCAGAGAAUUCAACCUGACAUUGGCUGUCAAGUCCAACACGAUCACCAAUGGUCUCAAGUACUCUUUGGCCACAGGUAACUGGGGUGAUCAAAAGAAAGCCAUGCAGUCUCGUGCUGGUGUAUCUCAAGUAUUGAACAGAUACACAUUUGCUUCUACUUUAUCCCAUUUGCGUCGUUGUAAUACACCUAUUGGCCGUGAUGGUAAGAUUGCCAAACCUCGUCAGUUGCACAACACCCAUUGGGGUCUUGUCUGUCCUGCCGAAACACCUGAAGGUCAAGCGUGUGGUCUGGUUAAGAAUUUGGCUUUGAUGUCUUAUAUCUCUGUGGGUUCUUCUGCUACGCCUUUGAUCAUGUUCUUGGAAGAAUGGGCUAUGGAGAACUUGGAAGAAUUGAGUGCCAACAGUAUUGCUGAUGCCACCAAGGUCUUUGUCAAUGGUGUCUGGAUUGGUAUUCAUCGUGACCCUGGAGAAUUGAUUCAUUCGCUUAAGCAGAUGCGACGUUCAGUUGAUAUUUCGCCUGAAGUCAGCAUCGUACGUGACAUUCGUGAAAAGGAACUUCGAAUGUACACAGACGCUGGUCGUUGUUGUCGACCUCUGUUCUUGGUUGAAAAUCAACAGCUCAAGUUGAACCGUGAACAUAUCAUCCGUCUUCAAGACACAGAAGAUGAAUAUGGCUGGCAGAAUUUGAUUGCAGAUGGUGUGGUUGAAUAUGUGGAUGCUGAUGAAGAAGAGACAGCCAUGAUCUGUAUGACCCCUGAGGACUUGGCUGAAUCCCGCAUGACAGCCCAAUACGGUGCCCCUCUUCAAGAAAACAGAGAUUUAGCCAGUCGUGUGAAAUCACAAACAGGCAGCUACUCUCAUACCUGGACUCACUGUGAAAUUCAUCCCAGUAUGAUUCUCGGUAUCUGUGCUAGUAUCAUUCCUUUCCCAGACCAUAAUCAGUCUCCUCGUAACACCUAUCAAUCUGCUAUGGGUAAACAAGCCAUGGGUGUUUACCUGACGAAUUUCCAAACUCGUAUGGACACACUGGCCAAUAUUCUGUACUAUCCUCAAAAGCCCUUGACGACCACUCGCUCCAUGGAAUUCUUGCGUUUCAGAGAACUGCCUGCUGGUCAAAAUGCCAUUGUGGCCAUCUUGUGUUACUCUGGCUAUAAUCAAGAAGAUUCAGUUAUUAUGAACCAAAGUAGUAUUGAUCGUGGUCUCUUUAGAUCUUUGUUCUUCCGUACCUACAUGGAUGCUGAAAAGAAAGCAGGCAUGAUGUUUAUGGAAGAAUUUGAGAAGCCUACUCGCGAUACCACAUUACGUCUCAAACACGGUACUUAUGAGAAAUUAGAAGAAGAUGGUUUGAUUGCACCUGGUACGCGUGUCUCUGGUGAUGAUAUUAUCAUUGGCAAGACAGCACCUAUUCCUGCUGAUUCUGAAGAAUUGGGUCAAAGAACAACCACACAUACAAAGCGUGAUGCUUCUACACCUCUCAGAUCUACAGAGACAGGUAUUGUAGACCAAGUCAUGUUGACUACCAACCAAGACGGUCUCAAGUUUGUCAAGGUGCGUGUUCGUUCUACCCGUGUACCUCAGAUGGGUGAUAAAUUCGCUUCUCGUCACGGUCAAAAGGGUACGAUUGGUAUUACGUAUCGUCAAGAAGAUGUGCCCUUCUCUGCUGAAGGUAUCACACCCGACUUGAUUAUCAAUCCUCAUGCUAUUCCCUCCCGUAUGACAAUUGGCCACAUGAUUGAAUGUCUGUUGGGUAAAGUGUCUACUUUGACAGGUAAUGAAGGUGAUGCUACACCUUUUACAGAUGUGACUGUGGAAGCCAUUUCACAGGCAUUAGAAGCUCAAGGCUAUCAAUCCCGUGGGUUUGAAGUCAUGUACAAUGGAUUCACAGGUCGUAAAUUGAAUGCUCAAGUGUUCUUGGGUCCCACUUACUAUCAACGUUUGAAGCACAUGGUAGACGACAAGAUUCACAGUAGAGCAAGAGGUCCUGUACAAAUUUUGACCAGACAGCCUGUGGAAGGUCGUUCAAGAGACGGUGGUCUUCGUUUCGGUGAAAUGGAAAGAGAUUGUAUGAUCAGUCAUGGUGUUGCUCAAUUCUUGAAAGAACGUUUGUUUGAUGCUUCAGAUGCUUAUCGUGUCCAUGUAUGUGAUAUUUGUGGUUUAAUGGCCAUUGCCAAUUUGAAAAAGAACAAUUUUGAAUGUCGCGCAUGUAAGAACAAGACCAGAAUUUCACAAAUCCAUAUCCCAUACGCAUGUAAACUCUUGUUCCAAGAAUUAAUGGCUAUGAAUAUUGCUCCUCGUAUGUUUGUAGACGCAGAUUAAGCUUUUCAUUAAAAUAAACUUAACAAUUAUUGUAUUUGUAAUACAUAUGGCGUAAGACCAC